CUGAAAAUCUGAGCUUAAAUAAAGGGCUACUGUAUAUGGUAGAUGUUAUGAAACGACCAAAACAAUACGAAGGUGGCGCACAGAGAUCGGAUCAAAACAUUUCUCAGCCUUGUAUUAUCAAGAGACCACAGUAGGAAAUUGAACCUGAAUACUUCCCAGACUCUGAUCUUCGGUAUAAACACAACAGUUCACAUCUGGGCUUCCCUGCUCUCCGCUUUGGGUCAAGUGUCACAUCUUACCCUUUCCCUAGUAACAGGAAACGACUCAAAAAAAAGUUUUACUGGAACAAAAGCGUGGGGUGGGAAACUGCACUGCUGGGAAUGAGAGGCCCCCCAGCGCAAACACACACACACACAGAGACAAAUAAUAGCUCAAAGAUGCAUGUCUUCAACUGUAUCAAAUGUGGUCAGCUGGCUCUUUUUAGCCGUCCUACGGCAGUCACACGCUUCGACACGUGCAACUGUACAGUGAGGUAUUUAAACAAAGAGUGUGGUGGUCUGCCAAUGCCACGGGAACAAAAAAAAAAGCUGAAUAAAAAGAGAAAACAACACGAUUCAAACAAGGAAUACAUCUGGAUGUACCCGGUUGUUCACCGACUCAGCCUCUUACGUAUACACCAUAAACAACACAAUACAAGCACACUUCUUCCUUCCUCGUUCCUUUUUUUGUUCACAUGACCAGCUGUAACGUUGUUACAGUGGGUAACUGUUAGACGGGACUGACCAGCUACCACAGACAAUUUGCUCUUUGUUUCACUGUAUCUGACAAGUCAAGAUGCAGUGACACCAUUCCAGGCUACAGGGAAACAACCGUUCCCAUCUUAAACAGCUGAAAUGGCGCAAUCACAGAUCCACUUGAAAAUUCUCCCCAGUGUUCGCAGCUUCUUUGACAAGAUGGUGCGGGUAAAAGUAGAGGGACUCACUCCUCACAAACCAGUGGAGCUGAGGUCCAAACUGGUUGAUGACAAAGGUGUCAUUUUCAAAGCCUCUGCCCUGUACAAAGCAGAUGAAAGUGGUCAGGUGGAUGUCUUCCGCACACCCUCUCUGGGUGGCAGUUACACCGGCGUGGAGCCCAUGGGUUUGUUUUGGGCCCUGGCACCAGACGCACCACACACUAAACUCAUGAAGAAGGAUGUGCUCAGCCCAACACGCGUGACCCUGGAGGCUCUUAAUGGAGAGACUGGCAAGGUUUUAGCAUCUGAAUCUAAUGAGAGAGGAUACAUGAUUGAGGGGAUGAAGAGAAUACCUUUACAAGAGGGCAGAAUACGAGGUGUCCUCUUCAUACCACCAGGAAAUGGCCCAUUCCCAGGAAUUAUAGAUAUGUACACUUUUGGUGGAGGUCUUACUGAACCCAGAGCCAGCCUCUUGGCAAGUAAAGGCUUUGUUGUUCUGGCACUGGCUUAUUUGCGUUACCAGGAUCUCCCAAAAAACCCUAAAAACCUGGAUUUGGAAUAUUUUGAGGAGGCGGUCACAUAUCUGAGGAAGCGACCAGAGGUGAAAGGUCCUGGGAUUGGCGUCAUAUCGAUCUCUCAUAGUGGUGCUUUGGCUUUGAGCAUGUCAUCUUUUCUCUCUGGGAUCUCAGCGACUGUCUGUAUUAAUACCUGUAAUGCAAACACUGUGCUUCCUUUACACUACAAAGACAUUGUAUUCCCGCCACUGCCCCCUGUCAUGGAGAAUGUGAAAUUCACAGAUUCUGGGCUUGUAGAUAUACGUGACGCCUUACCAGACCCCACCAAGGGCAAGAACAGGGCGUCUUUGAUUCCAAUUGAACGAGCUACCUGCCAUUUCCUGUUUGCUGCUUCUGAAGAUGACCACAACUGGAACAGCAUGUUUUUUGCCAGUCAGGCUGCUGAAAUUUUGAAAAAGCAUGGCAAAAAAUCCUACGAGGUUGUUACUUAUCCAAAAGCUGGUCACUUUCUGGAUGUGCCGUACAUGCCUUAUUGUUCAUCUGGGUUUCAUCCAGCUGUAGGGCAUGUUGUGGUGUUUGGUGGGGAGCCAAAAGCCCACUCUGAGGCUCAGCUGGACCUGUGGGAAAGAGUCCAGGAGUUCUUCAAGACCCACUUGGGCAACAAGAGCACUUGAUACUGUAUUAAUCCAUCAAGCAUCUCUGAAUGGUUGUUCUUAGAAAUGCUUACCAGUGCCUGUAUUUUCUAAUUAAUAAAAUUGUGAGAACUCCAUUAACCUUCUAGUGUUCUGCAUUGGAAACACUCCCACAACCGUUUGGUUUUAGCUGAGGUUUUUUCAGUAUGUCACGGGCUUGUAGCACAAAGAUUUUCUAUAGCAAAAAGAAACAGAGAUUUUGACUUGUCAUGGGAAGGAAAUGUAAAUGGACUGCACGUAAAGCUGCUUUAAACUACAGAGUUUUGUUGGGGUAGGGUGUUGAAUUUAGUGUCAUCCCCACUUCUUGCUGCAGACUCAAGGUCUGAGUAGUGGUCUACAUCAUAAGCCACAGCCAUCAGCUCAAACUUGAUUGUUUUGUUGAAGUAUCUCACAAAAGUAGAAGACACUUGGACUUUUCCUGCAGUUACAUGACAUAAUGUCUACCUAUAAAAUAACCUACAUAUGAUUACUUCUUCUCCAAUGACAUGAUGUUGGUACAGAACCAGUUCUGCUUUUGUGCUAUUUGUAACUUCAUGUCCACAUGGGUUGGACAUGAAAAAAUAUUAAUUUUUUUAGUGUUUAAUGUAUAGCAAAAAAAUAAAGGGGGGGGGGGGGGGGGGGUAAAUAUGUGGGAAGGAAAUCAUGGUGCUGGUGCCAGAUUUUGGGCAUCUGAGCUGGUGAAAAUGCAUGGAGCAGUUUGUAACUUCAGCUUGAGUGGAAAAUUAACAAAACAGUAGCAUGUUAUGGAAUCACCUACUGAAAACCAAAACUUAAGUUGUUUUAAUGUUGUUUUAUCUUUCUAGAACUUAUCUAGCAGUAUUUGAAAUUAAUGCGAUAUUUUAAUUGUAUAGGGACUUGAAUAAUUCUGUAUUUUAAGAAAGCUGAAAAAAGUGAUCUUUGUAAAAAAUAUUUGAUGUUUGCCCCAAAAAAUGAAUGAAAUUUGUUGUCAUAUACAAUAUAAUCUAUAAUAAAGCAAAAGCAAAUAUUUAAAUACUA